AUGGCGUAUCGAACUAACAAUUCUUCGAACAACAACUCGACUGGAAUAUGGGGAUCAGUAACAACAUGGACCCCAUGUUGGGCUACCUGUUUACUUUUGACAGGGCUAUUUGUCAUAGCUGGAGUAAUCGUUUCAUCACUCAUACCAGUCUAUUUACAGGCAAAAGUUCAGGAUAUUGCUGUAGCAAGUAAUAAUUAUGGUGCACGAUACAUCACAACGGAAUUCGGUUGCAAUACAGUUUUCUAUCAAAGUCAAGCAGUGAUCAAUUUGGAAGAUAUUGGAAAACAAAUCACUGAAAGUCUUGGCUUCCCUCCAAAUACAUUUACUAUUCAAUCUGGAUCGACAGAAAUCGGAACUCUUAAAAACAGGAAGAAAAGACUAACAGCUAGUGCACCUACGUGUGGAGCCAAUAAUAGAUUGGUUCUUACAAUAGUUGUGAAUAAUUGUCCGCAUAGUACAUGCAAGACCGAACAUUGUUUUGAUCAGUGUGCCUCGGAGAUAAAAAGUUCAAUUCAGUCGAAGUUGAGUACAACUUUAUCUUCACUCGUCAUCGUGACAACUGAUAGAACAACUAUGAAUAUUUUGGCAAUAUUUUGCUCAUUCCAACAGCCUACACCAGGUAACAGAUGCUUUUGA